GAGUGGAAAGGAAAGAAAAAAUCCGAAAUUAUCGCCAUGGCUCACCCUCUCCUCGCCGUCGCCUCCCCGCUCAAAACCCUAAACCCUACCUUGAACCCAACCCCCGGCAUCAGCAGCCGCCGCCGCCUCCUCCACAGCCACUCCCUUCUCCGCGUGCCGCCGCUCCUCUCGCGAAGCGGCCGCCUCCGCUGCUCAGCCGGCUACGGCGACGCGGCCGCGCCGCAGCAGGCGGCUCCGACGACGCCGCGGCCGGCCGAGAUUCCGUGGAGCAAGGAGCUCUGCAACUCGGUGCGGCUUAUAGGGACGGUCGGCACCGACGUCGAGCUGCGGCAGCUCCCCAGCGGCGCCUCCGUCGCCCGGGGCCGCAUUGCCGUCUGGAAGUCCGCCACCGAGACCACAUGGGUAACUCUAGCAUUUUGGGACGACCUGGCUGUUACAGCCUCUGAGCAUGUGAAACAAGGAGACAAAAUAUUUGUUUCUGGACGACUUGUAUCCGAUACUGUUGAGGAGGGGCCUGAGAAGCGCCAGGUUUACUACAAGGUUGUUGUUCAGGAGUUUAAGUUUAUUGAGUCCUUCCAACCUGUGCGAUUAUAUGAACCAGAGUCAAGCCAGGAUACCCAAGGUGGAAAGCAUGGAAAUUAUGUUGACAAUGAUUUUACCUCUGGCUCAACUGGGAAUAGAAAAGGGGAUUACAUGAGUUCUUCCUCUCGUUCAACUGAAGCACUGUGGCAAGCGUUCUUCGCAAAUCCGCUUGACUGGUGGGAUAACAGGAAAGAUAAGAAGAACCCGAAGUAUCCAGACUUUAAGCAUAAGAGCACUGGCGAAGCGCUGUGGGUCGAUGGGAGGAGCAACCCCAAUUGGGUUAUCUCCCAGUUGGCAAUUCUGGACUCGAGAAUGGGUUCUCUGCAAGACAAGGAGAGAAAACCAGUCUCUUUUAUGUAUGCUGAUGACUUCAUGAAAUCUGACGCCAACAACUAAGUUCAACUACGAGGGAGGAAGCUUCUGAAGUUCUGAUUCCCCAAUUAUCUAGCUCCACUAUCUUUCAUGUAGAAAGGCUGUGUUAUCGCUAAACUUCUCGUGUCUCAAUUUUUUUGUACAUAGGUAGGCCCUGGAAGCUUUAUUAGCGAGGUGCAUGGCCAUCUGUUCUAUAUCUGUCGUAAUGACAAUAUGUGAGUAUGACUAUGCACGAGAACCUCUACUAUCUGAGAAAUGGUACACCGGUUAAGUCC